AAUUUUGCCAGUGCUGUCGACUGAGUUGGCUUGGGUUUUGUCAAAAAUAUAAUGAAGUGAUUUUGAUCACAAAUUAUCUAAUUUAAUUACAACUUCGAUUAAAAUGGAGAAUGUAAAUCUUAAUCUGAUUUGCAGAACUUGCAAAUGUGUUAGUCCACAUAUGCGAUCGCUCUUCGAGGGAUAUGAAAAUCCUCAUCAGAGUCCCCGUAUUGACGAGAUGCUAAUGGCCUGUGCUUCAGUUCAGGUGAUAUGUGGAGAUGGUUUACCUACUUUGAUAUGUCAAAUAUGUGUAGAACAAUUAAAAAACGCUUUUCUUUUCAAAAAACAAGUGGAAAAAGUAGAUGUUGGUUUAAGAGAGUACGCAAAAAAUCUCAAAGUAAAUGAAAUUAAACAAGAACUACAAAACUCGGAAUUUAUGGAAUCUCUGAACACUCUCGAUAGUAUUUUAAAUGAACCAGCUACAAAAGAUGUGUCAAUUACUGGAGAAACUGCUCCUCCUCAAAAGUUUGAAACUGACUAUAUUCAAUUUAUGGAUAACAACCAAAUGCUUCUUACAUGUAGAGAAUGUGCAAAAAUGUUCACAACUUUGGAAGGUUUACGAUGCCACAAACGUAUUCACACAGGUGGUAUGUACAAAUGUAAACAGUGUGAUAAAGAAUACACAAGACUUAACCACCUACAACGCCAUGAACAAUCCCAUAACAGAAGAAAAGUCCAUGUUUGCAGAAUUUGCAGUAAAACUUUAACAAGGAUGGAACAUUUAAAACGUCACUUGGUAACACAUUUAAGGGAGAAACCUUUUUCGUGUAAAACUUGUAAUAGGGGUUUUAAUCGGAUUGAACAUUUACACAAUCAUGCACCUAGAUGUAAAGGUGACACUGUAUAUCCAUGUGAUAUUUGCAAUAAAGCCUUUAAUCGUGAAGACAGCCUCGAGGUUCACAGAAAAAUGCAUGAUUCUACCACUCCAAAGUUGCCUACCAUUGAAAAUCUCGAUAAUAUUGAGGAUCAUUAUUAUCAAAUUGAUCAAGAUCCUUCUGCUGAUUUCUCUGAUCAUUCAGAUGUAGAUGAAUGCUUUGAACCACAAGUAGAGGUGACUGAAACGACAGAAGAUAAUAAAGAAAAGGUCGCAGCUGAAAUUUCAAAUCAAGAAGAAGAAAGCAUUCACAGUGAUGGAUCUAUUGGUGGUGGAGAUAUUGAUAAUGAUAGUGACGAAGAUGAAGAAUUUGAUGAAGAUAGAAAGGAUAUUGAAAGUGGGGAGGAGAGAGAUAAUAAAGAUGUUUCUGGAGCUGAUGAUGAAUGUGAAGACCAAAAAAAUGUUAAACUUGAAGAAGAAAAACCAGCUGUUGAUGAAGAUGAGGAGUAUAUCAAAAAUGUUAUUGCUGAGGUGGAAGGUGAUGGAUCAGAUGAUGAUGGUGAUUCUGAUAAAGAAAGUAAUGAUUCUGAUUAUGUUCCUCAGAAGAAGGCUUCACCACCUGUCAAACGUGGACGAGGAAGACCUCGUAAAAGUGUUGAUUCUCCUCCAAAACCAAUUAAGAAAGAAGGAGGAGCAAGAAGAGGUCGCAAACCCGGGUCCAAAAAUAAGAAAACAUUGAUGAGAGAAAGAGAUAUGGUUAUAAAAGAGGAAGAAGAUGAUUAUGGAGAUUAUCCAUGUCCAGUUUGUAAUGAAAUGUUUAAUACUAUGAGUAAAUUGGACAGACAUGCAAAGAUCAGUCAUGAAGGAGCCAAGAUACACAAAUGUAAUGUAUGCAGUAAAGCGUUCUCUAGAAUUAAUCAUCUAAAGAGACACAUCACUUCCCAUUCAACUAUUAAACCGUUCCGUUGUACCGCAUGUCCCAAGAGUUUUAACAGGCGCGAUCAUCUUAAACAACAUCAAAAAUUACAUGAAAGGACCAACGAUUAUGAAUGUGAGGUCUGUCAGAAACAGUUCAAUAGAGCUGAUCACCUCGCCAAACAUAAAGCAUCUAAACAUGGCAUAGGAGAAAGAAUUUGUGUAAUGGGCGAGAAAAAAUAUGAAUGUCCUUUAUGUCACAAAUUCUUUACUACAGAGAAAUAUAAAGAUGUGCAUGUAGCUGGUCACAAUGGUACUAAAGAAUAUUCUUGCAAAGUGUGUGAAAAAACGUUCUUGUCUAAAUCUCAUUUAACUGAACACAUGAAAUUCCACAAUGAACAUUCCAAGAAGUUCCUCUGUUCAGAAUGUGGACAAAGAUUUAUAAGAAAUGAUUAUUUGGUUAUACACAUGAGACGGCAUAGAGGAGAAAAACCAUUCAAAUGCAAAUAUUGUGGAAAAGGUUUCCCGAGAACAACAGAUCUGACUGUACAUGAAAGGUACCAUACUGGUGAAAAGACUCAUUUAUGUACAAUUUGUGGUAGAGGAUUUGGAAGAGCAUAUAAUCUCACUGUUCAUAUGAGAACACACACUGGUGAAAAACCAUACCAGUGUACAUACUGCGAUGCUGCUUUCGCUCAAGGUAAUGAUCUGAAAGCUCAUGUAAGACGCCACACCGGAGAGAGAUUCCAAUGUGAAUUAUGUACAGAAAGUUUCCUUAUGGGCUACUUGUUAACACAACACAAGAGAACUGUCCAUGGACUGAAUGUGGUAAGCAACAUAAGACGAUUACAGCCAGUUCAUAAACAAGAAAAUCCGGAUGAACCACCACCGAUCACAAUUCCGCUACCAAAACCUGUAAUUCCAGACAAUGUCAUGUUUAACGCCUUACAUGCGAAUGCUCUACAUGCGAAUGCCCUUCAUGCCAAUGCCCUUCAUGCUAACGCUCUCCAUGCGCAAUUGGCUGUUGCGCAACUCCAUCAUUUAACUCGAGAAUAAGUAGAGGAAAUAUAGUCAUUAAUACACUUGCCUUUGUAAAUACCAUGUGGUCAUCUAAUUAGGUUCACAAGAAAAGUUGUUAUUAAUAUUUAAGAAUAUUUACAGUAAUCUCGUCGUACAUAUUAACUAUGUAAUAUAUUAGAAAAUAGUGACUAAUAGGUACUAAUCAUAUAGAUCAGUAUCAGUGUAAUUUUAUAAAACUUACUGGGACGCUAAUUGUCUUGAUAUUUCACUUUUCGUCUUUCAAUUAUAUAGUUUCUUAUAUAUGGAUUAAAUGCACAUCUCUAAUUUGUAACGUAAUGAGAUACGAGUACUUAGUUACAUGUGUUUAUUUCAGGAGGCUGUAAUAUUUUCAACCUCUCUACAUACUUAAUGAUAAUAAUUUGAUGCUAUUUGAAUAUUAUCUUUAAUAACGUUGCUUAAAUGUUAGAUAUUAUGGUCUUUUUAACAAUUUUUUACAAUAUCAUAGCCUUGUGGAACUAACAUAUGUUAACUGAGAAUGUAGUAAAUAGUAGUGGAUUGACUAGAAAUUUCAGUUCAGAUUAAGAUGCUUAAUACAUUUUACAUAUGUGCAAUAUUACCGAAGAAAAUAUCAUUUAUUUGAUUCCUAUAUAUGACAGUAAUUUGGUUGUUAAUUCUUAUUCUUUAGUUUUUCCGAAAAAAGGAUCAUUUGUCUUGUACUAACGUCAUAAGGAAUAUAUAUAAAGUAAUGGAAAUUGAAAGGUGAGGACUUUUUACAAAAUUGGGUGGAAAAGGGCUCCAAUUAUUUACAAAGAGUGAGAAUAUUUACACUAAAAUUUAUAAUGAGAACAUAAUUUUGAAGAAUAUUCAGAUUUCAAUUGGAAUUUUAUGUUAUUCAUAAUCUGUCUACUACUAUAUACAUCAAUUGUUAUUAAUAAAUUCAAUUAUGUAUAAUUAAUUGAAAAUGUUUGGUAACACUAGUUUACGCGGUUUCUAUACCCCAACUAAAGGCUCUUAAUUAUUGUUUUUUCAUAUAAUACUUAGCUAAAAAAUAUAAUAAAAAGGUUUUGUAACAUCUGGUUUUAGAAAUACUUUCUUAUAAAAUUAGGUUAACUUGAACUGAAUAAUAACAGAAUAUUUUCGAAAUGACCAAUUUUUGCCCUUUUCAUUACUUUUUGGUCAAUUUCAGUUUUUAUAUACCAAGUUUGUUGAGCAGCAAAUGAUUCUUCAAUGACAUAUUCUCUCGUAUCUAUUGAAAAAUUUUCAAUGUCAGCCAUAUCUUCCCAAUUUUCACUUGUUUCGUUUCCCAAAACUUGUUGAAUGACCAAUACCAACUUUUUGAUUGGCAGAUACGAGGCUUUCAAACUGAUCUUUCAGAACUUUAUGGAUGUCUCAGUUUAACAUGUAAAGGAGGUAGAAUAAUGAUGUUUGGAUUAUAAAUCGAUAAAUUCCACUGAUGUGAGCAAGAUCCAAAAAGUAUUAACUUAGAUCUUGGUACUUGUAAAUAUCUAAUAGAUCAUUUAUUCAGAAUGAUUAAAUAAAUGUGGAAUAUUUUCUUACACAUUGUCAUCUUCUCAUAUAUAGGGUACUUACAUUUUUCUAAAAAUUAUUAAUUUUUUUUACAUUAUAAUUUCUUAAUAUCGGAAAGUAAAAUAUUUAAUUAAAAGUGAAAAAAUAAUAUCUAAAUAUUUAAUUGAAUCGAAAAAAUUUCAAAUUUUCAACUACAUAAGAAAACGAUUCUCAUUGGUUUUCAUUUGUGACGUCAUAGGUUAAUAAAAACACUGCGCAGUCUGCUUGAUGAUCACGAAGUUAUCGUUGCCGGUAACGUAGUGUGUGCUGUUGUAAUUCUGUUUUUAUUUAUUAGUUACAUAUAAAUAAAACAUUUUUCUAUAUAUAAGAAUGAAGUGAAUAAAACUAUUAUAAGUUAAUUUCUUACAUUACUACAUAAUCAUGUUAAAAAUUGAAAGUAUAAUAAAUAAAUUACUCUAAAAUAUUAUUGGAAUAAGUUAAAUUUGAAUCUUGAUUACAUUAAAAUGAUCCUGGCAACUGAAGUAAUUACAUCUCGCAGGAUCGUCAAAACGACCAACACUUUAAAACCAUUUUUUUGUGUAUUCGGAUUUCUUGGCAUCAUAAAAAACUUUAUCAGGUAGUAGAAUUUCUCCAUCCUGGCAUGAAACACGAUUUUUAUACCAUUUUUCAGAUUAAUCAAAGUUUUAUAAUAUCUAACGCUUAUUUUAGAAUAACUGCCGAAUUUAUUUUGUAACAUAUGUUCAGAGUUUAUUUUAUACCUACGAUGUCACGCAAUAUGGCGGCCUUACUGAAAUGUUUAAACUACCUACAAAAUUUUUGUAUUUUUAAUAAUUUUUUUCUCUAUAAACAAAGGAUUAAAAAAAAUUAUAAUAAAAGUUGUUUAUAUAUAAAGUAUCCAAAACUAUUUUUUUUUCUGAAAUCAUUCAAGUACCCAAUUACAGAGACAAAUUGGAUGGAAGGUAUUUUAAAUGUAAAAUUGGUUUAGUAACAGAGGGAACAUCGGCAUAAACAAUACUUGCCUUAUUUUUUAUAUUGUAUCUCACUAUCUUUGUAUCACAGUAGUAACAGUUUAUUUUCAUAAUUGCUAGGUUUUCUCUAUAUCAUUAGUGAACCAAAUGGAAGAAAUUAGUUUUCUUCGACUAACCAUAUUAGUAAAACAAAUCGCUUUCACAAAACUCAUUUGGUACAUACUUGUUUUCUGGGUUCGCAAUUGAAAUCCAAAAUAAUGAAGAUAUGCACAUUUAAAGAAUCUAUGAUGAGUUUUCUCUUCUUUAAAAUUGUAAAUUGUUCACAAACAUAUCAAAAAUGAUCAGAACUUUGUUUGCACUUUCUACUUUUUAAAUUAAAUUUGAAAUGAGAUAUUAGACGCCGAUGAGUAAUUGACGAAUAUUAAACUUAUGUCAUGAUACGAUUGGAGAAAAAAAUGUGACAUGGUAAGAGUUUUUCUGUUAUCACUUCUAGAUUUAAAAAAUGUCGACUGACUAAUUGAUACAGUUGUGUUGGGUACGUAAAGAAGUCAGAAUGUGUAAACUAGUGUAAUUUUUUAUAUGAUGUAUAAAAACAUAUUUAUAAUCAUUUAUACAAGUAUUCAGAUGAAUUUUAUUUCCUUUAUUUUAUAAUCUGUCCAUUAUACAGAUAUACACAUCGAUUGUUAUUACUAAGUAUCAUAUUCAAUAAAAGUGAUUGAUAAUUUUUUAUGCGAAAAUAUAUUUAUAUUGAUUUAUGAAGGUAUGCUAUGGAUUUUAAUUAGCUGUAAAUAUUAUGGUUAUAUGAUAAUAGUUAUAUAAUACAAAGCAUUAAAGUAAGGUUUUUUAUUGUAUAA